GUCCGGGUCAGAGCUCAGAGUCCAGUGUCACGGCAUUGCUGGAUGUCAUUGCUAAGUUAGAGGUGGAUGGUGUUAUGCAUAGGUAUCCCGCCAUUACUGGUGCUGCGGUGGCCAUAUACUCCUGCCUCAAUGGCCUGGAGCGCAGUAAACAAAGUGAGUGA